AUGGACCUCAAAUCUGAAUCCGAAGACAACUUGGACUGUGAGCGGCCAGUACCAAUCGAAGUUUUUGCCAGCAGAUCGACUCUUCAUGGCAUCUCCCACAUGUUCACCUAUGAGCGAAUGUAUAUCAAGCGAUGCCUAUGGUUUAUAUUUUUCAUGGGCUCGCUCACUUUCCUCGUCUUUGUGUGUGUGGACCGCGUGAGGUAUUACUGUCAGUACCCCCAUGUUACCAAACUUGAUGAGAUCUCGGCUCCAAUGAUGACCUUCCCUGCCAUCACCUUCUGCAACCUCAACUCAUUCCGUUUUAGCCGUGUGACUCGUAACGACUUGUACCAUGCUGGAGAGCUCCUGGCGCUUUUGAAUGGCAGGUAUGAGAUCCGGGACACACACCUGGUGGAGGAGAGCGUCUUGGAGAUACUGAAGGUGAAGGCCGACUUCCUCAACUUCAAGCCUCGGCCCUUCAACAUGCGCGAGUUCUACGACCGAACGGGACACGACAUCAAGGACAUGCUGCUGUCCUGUAACUUUCGAGGGGUUGAGUGCAGUGCUGAAGACUUCAAAGUGAUUUUCACUCGAUAUGGGAAAUGCUACACCUUCAACUCAGGCCAGGAUGGGCGUCAGCUGCUGGUAACUAUGAAGGGAGGCAUGGGCAACGGGCUGGAACUGAUGCUGGACAUCCAACAGGACGAAUACUUGCCUGUCUGGGGAGAGACAGAUGAAACCUCGUUUGAAGCAGGCAUCAAAGUCCAGAUUCACACACAGGAUGAGCCUCCUUUUAUCGACCAAUUAGGCUUUGGCGUGGCUCCAGGGUUCCAGACCUUUGUGUCCUGUCAGGAACAGCGGUUGACCUAUCUGCCUCCGCCGUGGGGUGACUGUAGGGCCGCGCCCAUGGACUCCGAUUUCUUCAACAGCUACAGUAUCACUGCAUGUCGCAUCGAUUGCGAGACACGCUACCUGGUGGAGAACUGCAACUGCCGCAUGGUGCACAUGCCUGGUGAUGCUCCAUACUGUACUCCAGAACAGUAUAAAGAGUGUGCCGACCCAGCUUUGGAUUUCCUGGUGGAGCGAGACAAUGACUACUGUGUGUGUGAGACUCCGUGUAACAUGACUCGCUAUGGCAAGGAGAUGUCUUUUGUCAAGAUCCCCAGCAAGGCCUCGGCUAAGUACUUGGCCAAGAAAUUCAACAAGUCAGAACAGUACAUUGCGGACAACAUCCUCGUGCUGGAUAUUUUCUUCGAGGCCUUGAACUAUGAGACGAUUGAGCAGAAGAAGGCCUAUGAACUGGCUGGGCUACUUGGUGACAUUGGUGGCCAGAUGGGUCUCUUCAUAGGAGCCAGUAUUCUGACUAUCCUAGAGCUUUUUGACUAUCUGUACGAGGUGAUCAAGUACAAGCUGUGCAAGUGCACUAAGAAGAAACACAAACGCAACAACAACAAUGACCGAGGAGCCGUUCUGAGCCUGGACGAUGUGAAGCGUCACGCUCCCUGUGACAACCUCCGUACACCCUCAACAUACCCUGCCAACAUACUACCUCACCAUCCGGGCCAGGGCAACUUUGAAGACUUUACCUGCUGA